UAUCCGAGUGAUGCCUCUGUAAUCGCCGGUCAACAGACAGGCUUAAACGUAACAACAAACAGUUCCUAUCAUUCUGAAGUGAAACGCCACCAAGAUGCCACCUAAAAAAGGUAGAGGGAACAGAGAUAGUGACAAUGAGACGGAAUCGGAUUCACAAGAGUACCAGGGUACUUUUGAAACGCUUCGAGACGAGGGGGAACAUUUUGUGCAUGUGGCCAACUACAAGAAAGCCAUUGACAGCUUUUCAAAGGCACUGGAGUUCAAGCCUAAUGAUAAACAGUGCCUUGUGGCUCGUUCGCGGUGUUUUCUACAGUUAGGGGAUGCUCAGAAGAGCUUGAUGGACGCCGAGAUGGCAUUGGAUGAAGACAAAGGAUUCAUAAAGGGAUUAUUUCAAAAAGCUGAGGCCUUGUAUGUUCUUGGUGAUUUUGAAACGGCUUUGGUAUUUUUUCACCGUGGUCACAAAGCAAGACCUGAACUUCAAGAGUUUAGACUUGGGAUUCAGAAAUGUCAGGAAGCUAUCAACAAUAGCAUUGGCACUCCUGAAUCAGUAACAUUGGAGGCAAAGGGAGACCUGUCAUUUUUUGAAAAACAAGAAGAGCUGAGGAGAAUUGGUAAAAACAAAAAGCAAGGUAAAGGUGCAUACAGCAAACCUCAGCCAAAGAAAGAAAAUGAAAAGCGUGACAGGACGCGACCAAACAACAGUGGUGACUCCAAAACAAUAAAACAGUUGCUCGGGGAGUUGUAUGGAGACAAAGAAUUUCUGGAGCGUCUCUUACAAGAUGAAAGUGUGACAGGUAGAGACACAUCCACCAGUCAGGAAGUGAAGAACCUUAUUCUAGAUGGCCUAGAAUACCUGGACACAAGGACAGAGUUCUGGAGACAGCAAAAACCAUUGUACGCGCGGAAAAGGGAUCAGCGGCUGCGCGCCAUGGGGCGUGAGGGAAAAACGGGUAAACAGGCCAACCCAACGCGAUACGUGCUGCGCAGUCUGGAGGAGAUUGAUGAAGCUCAGUCCCAGGGUAAAUAUCAGAAAAGUCUUGACAAAGCUCAAAAGACACUGAAAACUGUCCAGGGUUGGUCAGACGAGGAAAUCCUUAAUCGCGAGGAAAUCAUCGCAAAUCUUCACAGCCAGAUAGGAAAUGCUCAUCUGGAGAUGGGCAGAUAUGACAUCGCCCUGGAUCAUCAUGAACAGGAUCUGGAGAUCGGAGAACAAAAUAACCUGGCUGAAGCAAAGUCUCGGGCUUUGGACAACAUUGGGAGAGUGUAUGCAAGGCGAGGCGAUUAUGAAAAUGCCAUCGGCAUAUGGGAAAAGAAGUUGCCCAUGAGCAAGUCAUCGCUGGAAAGCACUUGGUUGUACCAUGAGCUGGGGCGAUGUUACCUCGAGAUGGAGGAUUUCAGCAAGGCUAAAGAAUACGGGGAGAAGUCAUUAUCAGCCGCACGAGAUGCUGACGACAUUGAUUGGACGCUACAUUCCACAGUUUUGAUCGCUCAGAGUGAAGUCAAACUUAGGGAGUACCAGGGAGCUGCUGACUCAUUUGAACAAGCUCUAGAGCUGGCCCAAACCCUUGGGGACAGGAAAGCUGAAGAUGCCAUUAAGACAGCGCUGGAAGAUGUCAAUGAGCAGAUUGUGCGAGAAAUCCGGGCCGAUGAGGAGGACAGGAAGGCUGACCGUAGUAGUCCACAUGGGUCUGCAAGGUCAAGAACGUCCAAUGGUCACAGUGAAGAGCGAAGAGAACGUACAAUUUCACGGAGGAGUGAUCGUAAAGACUCUAGAGAUGAGAAGAGUGACGACUCAGGGGAGAAAAAAGACUCAAGGGAAGCAACUCCAACUAAAGAAACAGAAGAACCUCUUAGAAAAUCCCCUUCCCCGGAGAAACACGAAGAAGCAUCUAGUAAAUCCAAUGAAAAUGAUGACCAAUCAAAGGAUGAGAAAGAAGCAGACAUAGAUCAGUCAAAAAAUAUAGAAAAUGAGGACAAUGGUAGCGUUAAAGGAGAGGAAACUGAAGAUGACAAAGAGGGGAAAAGAGAAGAGGAAGAAGAAAUGAAACUGUCUCAGAUGAGGAUGAACUGAUGAAGAAAACUCAGAUGUUAAAGAUGCUAUUUGAACCAAGCCCAAAGGAAAUACAACAUAGAGAAAUUGAGAUUUCAUUGGCUGACAUCUGGGCCCUCCAGCCAAUUGUAAGAAGUGUAUCGUGUGGUGGGAGAGUAUGUGUUGAUCUUUUGAAGUUCAUGAUUGGCUAUGACAUGAAUGACAUUGGAUGCACAUUUGUUCAAGAUAAUAUUAUUUAUACAAAUUAUUGAAUACCAAUCAUGACUGCCUAAAUAAAAAGUUGUUCUUACAAACUUUUUAAAAGUUUGCGUACGCUGAUGGUGUUGGUUUAUUGGGAAAGAUUUAUAUCAGUUUGAAACAGAUUGGUCCAAAGCUGUGAUGUGCUUGUUUGUUUUUCACAUUUUUUUUCCCUGUUUUUUUCCCCCUUCUGGCAUGUCAGAUUUAUUGUUCUUGCUUAAAAGAACAUAGUAAAUGAAAUGUGCCUGCAAAGAGAAAAAUGAGUUGUUUGUCUCUUAUAUCACUUUGGGGUUUUGAAGAUGAAUGUGUUUUUACGCAGCUUGGAACAAAAUUUGACUGUUUUCCUUAGCUUUCGAUCUGAGCUGUUUGUCUCAAAUGUAAGUGUUUUUAUUUGGCUUGGGACCAAUUUGUAUAUGUCUUUCCUCGGUUAAGACCAAAUUGUAUAUGUUGUUCCUUGGUUAAGACCAAUCUGUAUAUGUUUUUCCUUGGUUGGAACCAAAGUGUAUAUGUUUUUCUUGGUUUGGGCCAAGUUAUGUAUGUUUUUUCUUGGUUGGGCCAAGAUGUAUAUGUUUUUUCUUGGUUGGGACCAAGUUAUAUAUGUUUUUCCUUGGUUGGAACCAAGUUGUGUGUGUUAUUUCUGGGUUGGGACCAAAUUGUAUAUGUUUUUCUUGGUUUGGGCCAAGUUGUGUGUGUUAUUUCUUGGUUUGGACCAAAUUGUAUAUGUUUUUCUUGGUUUGGUUCAAGUUGUUUGUGUUAUUUCUUGGUUGGGACCAAGUUGUAAAUGUUUUUCCUUGGUUGGGACCAAGUUGUAUAUGUUAUUUCUUGGUUGGGACCAAGUUGUAUAUGUUAUUUCUGUAAAAACAGCUAUCACUACGCAAAAAAGUGUGAUGUCAGUGCCUUUUUUCAGUUUCUUUUACAUUUCAACGUUAUAUAUUAAUUAUUGACGCAUGAUGUUUUUAUAACUUAAUUUUAUGAAUACGCAAAUUAGCUUUUGCUGAUCUGAAUUUGUUUAGUCCGACAUUUACCUAUUUGCUAUAAUUUGAUGCCUUCCUUGAAAACCUUUUUUUUCACUUUCUCUACAGAAGUAUAAAUUAAAACUAUUUUAUGGAAAAAUUGAUGAUACGCACUCAGCACUUUCAUUAAUUAUGUCCUUCUUAAAAUUUUCUCUUUAAAUGAAUUUAGAAAUUUUGAAUUGUUACAAAUUUUAGAACUUUAGUUCAUAUGAAAUAUACUGUAUUGUUACCUUAUGAAAUGAAAUACAGGUUUUGAUAUCUUACAUACUUGUGAAUCAAGCACUGGUUUUGCUAUCUUGUAUAAAUGAAAUACAUAUAGGUUUUGCUCACCUGAAAUACAACGUAUGUAGUGAUAUAUUGCAUGUUGAUCCAUUUGAAUCUUGUACAAUUCCAUGCUUUCUAUUUGCACAAAGUAAUGAUGCUGUUAAGUGAAGUACUAGCCAAGCUAAAAGUCGAGUAGUGUACCAGUAGCCUGCCACUGGUUUGUCUAUGGUGCAUUUGUGAAUUGAUUUUAGAACAUUGAAAGAAUAUUCCAGUUUGUUCCAGUGGCCUAAUGACUAUAUCCACAACACUAACUGCAUGCACACUAUCAACAGAUGAAUAGCACAGUGUGGUUGAGGAAUGCUGGGAUCAUGCUACAAGUGUGCUACUGUUAAGCUUGUAGCAUUCCGCUCUGAACAAUUGGACUCUUUGGCACAAGUACCGUAUGUUUAAUAUUGAUGCAUGUUAAGAUUUGUAAGCUAUGGAAUGUUCAUGAGAAGUGAAGGCAAAAAAAUAUUUUGGGAUAUUA